AUGGUUGAUAAUUUAGAAGCAAGCUCAGAAGACUUGGCUAAUUCUAUUCGAGGAUUAUAUCGUUUGCUUGACCUAUGCAAAGAUGAAGGGUCAAACGGACGUGUUGAUAAAAUCAUCAUCUCUACUGAAUCAUUGAAAAGACUUUGUAAUGAUUUGAAGAAUGAUAGCUUCAACCAAGAUUUUCUCAUUCACUCAGAUUCAUCUGAUGCUGACCACAGAGGUAAACCCGUCCUUCGUCCCGGAAUUUAUUUACUUAAAGUGGACGAUAAUUUGGGCUUGGUAAUUCAUUGGCCUGAGCACGGAUGUUACGAGGAAAAUAUAUCGUCACACAAAAAGAAGAAUAUGAUAAAUUUACACAGUUCCGACGAAGAAUCCGAAGGAACUCACUUUGAGUUUGAAGUAACAAAGGACCAAGAAGAAAAAGAAGACUUCAUAUUUUAUCCAGGAUUCAAGAUGAAAAAAAUAUCAACGGUAUUUAAUCCUUUUACUUUUUAUAUUAUCACAUAUUCAUAUUGUUAUAUUGAAUCGACAUUUAACCAAGAAUUCAUUAUAUGCAUUCAAGUCGUAGUUAUUGAAUCAGCAUCCCACCAAGCGUUUGUUACAAUGAAGAAAGUGCAAGCAAAUUCUAAAAUGAAACCUUAUAAUCAUGAAAAUUUUUCUCCAAUGCUUUUUAAUCAAAAACUCGAAGGACAUACUCUCCGUAUUAAUAAAGAAAUAACUAUGGAUUCUCUUAAAAUUUUGAUUAAGCAUGGUUUUCCAGAAUUGGAGAAUGAGAUUCUAACUCCAUUAAAUAAAGCAUUGGAUGAUGAAAAAGCUAACCUAGAAAAUAAAAAAGAGCAUGAAACGCAGAUUGCACAAAAAAAUAGUGAAAUUGCUACCGCCAUGUUUUGGAACGAAUUGAAAAAAACAUACAU